GGAGUUAUGUGGGACAGCUGUCAGCCAGCAUGCUGGGUGGGGCCUAUUUAGCCAUAGGGCACAAAUCUGGGGACCCUGCAUUGGUCUUCUGCCCCAAGGAUUCUCAGCCCCACCGGCUGCAAGGCUCGGACCUCCUCCAACAGGGUGGACAGCUCUGUGAUGAUGGCUGAAGAGCACACGGACCUGGAGGCCCAGAUUGUCAAGGACAUUCACUUUAAGGAGAUUGACCUGGUGAACAGAGACCCCAAGAACAUUAAUGAAGACAUAGUCAAGGUGGAUUUCGAAGAUGUGAUUGCGGAGCCUGUGGGCACCUACAGCUUCGAUGGCGUGUGGAAGGUGAGCUAUACCACCUUCACCGUCUCCAAGUACUGGUGCUACCGCCUGCUGUCCACGCUGCUGGGUGUCCCACUGGCCCUGCUCUGGGGCUUCCUGUUUGCCUGCAUCUCCUUCUGCCACAUCUGGGCAGUGGUUCCAUGCAUUAAGAGCUACCUGAUCGAGAUCCAGUGCAUCAGCCACAUCUACUCACUCUGCAUUCGCACCUUCUGCAACCCGCUCUUUGCCGCCAUGGGCCAGCUCUGUAGCAGCAUCAAGGUGAUGCUGCGGAAGGAAAUCUAAAGCCUGGUGGGGUAAGGGGGUGGCAGGGCCGGGUUCAGGCCAGGCAGCUCUGGUACCGCUCCCAGAGGGCAGGAGAGCUCUUUCUCCUUAGCAACUGCUCUAUUUCCCCCAACAUGGGAGCAUAUCAUAUAGGGAAGCCAGAAAGGAAAGUCAGCCAGCCUUGUAGCACUGUGGCCCUUGCUCUGCCCAGACCCAUGAUGCCCAGAAGCAGCUGGGAGGAAGAUGUGUGCUAAGAGGCAGCUAUGCAAGUCUUUGCAUCCACGUGUACUGUGACAGUGUGAGCCAGCAUGGGUCCCCCGUCCACACAUGCCCAAGAAAGCUACCAGUGACUGUGGGUAUGAAAAGGGCCCCAAUAAAGGUUUCAGCUGCA